AUGUCUUUUAAGCAGAAGGAAGAUGAAAGCUCUAGUCCCAGCUCCACCUCCAUCCCAGAUUCCAGCCCAAGAGAUGUACAUGGUUGGCGAUGGGCUCUUGCCGCUAUCUCUCUUUACAUCGGAGCGUUUGUCUAUGGCCUUGAUGGAACCAUUGCCGCAGAUAUCCAAUCUGCUGUUGUUGAACAGUUUGGUCACGUCGAGAGUCUUACCUGGAUUGGUACUGGUUUUCCUCUUGGUUCUGUGUGUUUCAUAUUGCCUGGAUCUGCCAUUUACGAAAUCUUCGACCAGAAAGCUGUGUUCAUUGGGAGCAUCAUUAUUUUCGAGGCUGCAUCUGCGCUCUGUGGUGCAGCACCUAACAUGGACGCUCUCAUUGUCGGCAGGACAAUUGCCGGUGUUGGAGGGUGUGGCAUCUUUCUUGGUAUCAUCAACUACUUUACCCUCUGUACAGCUGAGCAGGUACGUGGCCGCUACAUCUCGGGUAUGGGUGCUACCUGGGGAUUGGGUGCUGUCCUCGGUCCAGUUGUCGGAGGUGCCUUCUCUACAUCUCCGGCGACGUGGAGAUGGGCUUUCUACAUCAACCUCGUUAUUGCAGCUGUGUGUGCACCUGUAUACAUCUUCUAUCUCCCCUCUGUCAAGCCAACCAGCGAUACACAAACUCCGAUUCUUCGAAAGCUCAAAUCUCUCGAUUGGGUUGGCUUUGUUAUCGGUACCGCAGCAAUCGUGACAUUUGUCAUGGUCUUGACUUUCGCGGGCUCAACCUGGGCCUGGAAUGACGGCCGUACCAUCGCCACGUUCGUUGUAUCCGGGGCGCUGUUCAUCUUGACCUUUGUUCAGCAGUACUUCCUCAUUUUCACCACUCGUGAAGCACGCAUGUUUCCCCCACAAGAGAUUCUGAUAGACAGGACACAAACCCUGUUAUAUCUCAACACUGCCAUGGCCGCUACCAACAUCUACGUACCGCUCUUUUACAUACCCAUUUACUUCGCCUUUACGCAGGGAGACACGGCACUGAUGGCUGCCGUCCGCCUGCUCCCAUUCAUUUGCUUCCUCGCAUCGUGGAGCCUGCUCUCUGGGUUUUUGAUUCCGAAAAUCAACUACUACUGGGUUUCAUACAUGGUGGGUGGGGUCCUCAUGCUGGUUGGUAGCGCGACUAUGUUUACCGUGGGUCCUCAUACUCCCAUAGCCAAUGUUUACGGCUACAGCAUCAUACUCGGGGCGGGCACCGGCUUUGUCUUCAACCUCGGCUUCACAGUCGCAGGUGUCACAAUGAUGACGAAGACGGGCUCCGGCCUUGAUGUCCAGCGCGUUUUGUCCAUGCAGAACCUCUCUCAGCUGGGUUUCCAGACAAUUUGCUUGCUCGUAGGCGGUCAGAUAUUCCAGAGUCUUUCCAUGAAAGACCUGACUCGCAUCCUAAGCGGCAUGGGUUUCUCUGAGUCCGAGAUCAGGAGCGCCGUUGCAGGUACUGCGAGUACCUUGUUCGAGUCCCUGGACCCCGCGUUGCAGGAACAAGCUAUCGCGGCUAUCACAAAUGCCAUGAGCCGAGUCUACAUUCUUAGUAUAGCGGCGGGUGCUAUCACCAUCAUCGUCGCGUUGUUGUUGAAAAAGGAGAAACUCUUCCAAGGGAAAGAAGACGUGAUGGUCAUUGCAGGCGGUGCUUAA